AUGGCAUCCCAGAAUUCAUCAGUCUUUUUGCGCUAUCUGCGACUCCGUGCCCCCAAGUCGAAACUGUCGCAACGCUUCCAUUCCACGUCUCCCUCACCUUCGCAGCCUCCACGCUCCUCUCAGCCAAACCCGCCAAACCCCAAGGACUCCCGUUCUCGUUUGCGCCAACUCAAUGACCGCCUACCACGCUUUCUCCGCGCCUAUACUACACCCCUCCUCGGGGCCCCAAUCACCCAUGUGACGUCGUUCCUGAUCCUGCACGAAAUGACCGCCAUACUCCCGCUAUUCGGGCUGGUCGGUGCUUUUCACUACGGGGUCUGGAUGCCCGAUUUUUCGUCGGUCAAUGACCAGAACAAUGCCUUUGAUGAAGGGGCGGCGCGUUUUGGGCGAUGGCUGAAAAAGAAAGGUUGGGUGGACGAGACCGACGUGAGUACCGUGGCAGAACACGAGGUUACUGGGGCAGGGAGUAGAGGUGAGAUGGGCAAAGAGCGAGCCGGGGUACGGUUGGUGCUAGAGUUCGCAACGGCCUGGGCGAUUACCAAGGCUUUGCUGCCACUCCGCUUAGCAGGGAGUGUUUGGGCCACCCCGUGGUUUGCGAGGACCAUUCUCACGCCGACAGCCCACAUGGCCAAGCGGUUGUUUCGCCAAGGCUGA